AGAUGCGCGUGCGUCAUGAAACAUGGCGCUGCCCUUGUAAAUGUAGCGAAGCGCGUUUGUACUCUAGAAUGUCACUUAAGCGCCUCGUUUUGUCUUAUCGCUUUAGGAUAUCGCUAAAUUUAUAAUAAAUUAUAUAAUCAUAUUAUAUUCAACCAUGGAGGCGAUGUUGGGGGGUGUGUGGCGUAGCGUUCGUGUGCUGUUGGGUCAAAUACAAAGGCAAGCACUGAGCCCAGCGUUCAGCAACACAAUUAACCGACCCUUUACGAAAUCGGCGCGCUGCAUGAAUCAGGCUGCCUCUCAGCUUCAGCCCCAAUCGGACCGAAAUGACAGCGAAGAUAUAAGCAAGGAAUUUGUCAACAGGAAUCCCCGAAAUCUGGAACAGAUGGCUUUAGCGGUAAAGGACAGAGGCUGGGGGACUGUGUGGCCAUCAAAUCAGUACUACCACAGGCUGGUAUUCACACGCUCUCAGAACUACAUCACAGCAGAAAUCUUCACCCCUCACUCCUCCUCUCCAGUGCUCUCUUGCUCCACAAAAGAAUGGGCCCUGAAACGGGAGCUGGCCUCCACCCGCUCAGUGGCAGCGAGCCAGGCGGUGGCUGAGGUUCUGGCCCAACGCUGCCGCGAGGCUGGCCUCCUCAGGCUCAUCUUCAGGGUCGUCCCCUGGACUUUCCGCUCAGAAUCUGUGAAAACGUUCAGACUGGCCAUGAAAGAAGGAGGGAUCAAACUCUGCGAACCACGAAGGAAAUACGUCGGCUGAGAACCAGAGGUGGUUCAUGGGUUCCACCAUGGGUUCCACCAUGGGUUCCACCAUGGGUCUCACUGGAUAAAUGUCCCAUUGCUGAUCACUGUGCACGUUAUAUGUUGCUUUGAAUAAAAUGUGUAAGAUCUGCCUCAGAACAUAA